GUUCAAAAACUUGCGGCCCUCACACACUUGCACCGGCUCUGCCCCACGCACUAAUAUAUAUAUAUAUAUAUACAUGCGUAAACCCAUCUUCACGUUCUUCAUACAUAUCUUUCUUGUUUGCUUCCCAAGUCUCUCGAAGCAUCUUUCUUUCUCUUCCUGCAGAAGCUAUCCGUGUUACUUGUUCCCAAGUCUCCAACAAGCAAAGUACAUGGUUGAUUUGGAAAUCCAGGUCCCCAGCGCAUUCGACCCGUUUGCCGAGGCGAGAGAAUCAGAUGCCCCCGGGGCAAAGGAGUAUGUGCACAUACGAAUUCAGCAGAGGAAUGGAAAGAAGAGUCUGACAACAGUGCAAGGGCUGAAGAAGGAGUUCAGCUACGAGAAGAUCCUCAAGGACCUCAAGAAGGACUUCUGCUGCAACGGGACUGUGGUGCAGGACAAGGAGCUUGGCAAGAUUAUCCAACUCCAAGGCGACCAGCGCAAGAACGUAUCCCAUUUCCUCGUUCAGGCCGGUCUUGUCCGGAAGGACCAGGUCAAGAUUCAUGGUUUUUGAUUUAACGAUUGGUCUUGUUUAUGUUGUGGUAGUAGUAGUAGUAAUUUGAAGUUGUUGAGUUUUGAAAAGUUUGGAUUGUUUCUUUUGUUUGAUGAGUGGUGUUGGAAUAAGUUUGGUUUGGUUUUCCAAUUUUUAAUGAUUGGAUUUCAUGGAUGUUGUUAGUGAACUUGAAUUGCUCAAGAGCAAGUUGAAUAUAAUAAAUGAUGAUUUGGUUUUUCAGAA